AGCGAUUGGCGGCGCUCGGGCUUUUGCUUUUCGUAGCUUUUCUUUUCUCAUUAACAAGACCACACAACAUCAUAAACAAAGCAAUUUAUUAGUUUUGACUUUUGUAAAAAAAAAUGACUCCCUUCUAUUGCGAUGCUGGACAUCAACUCGACCGAAUACUCGUCCUCAUGUGCUGAGCAAAGUCCCGUUGUUUUUUCGCUGAACGGGAGCAAUUUGGUUCAAAAACCGACCAACCGGUGCAGUGCCACCGUGUUUCCCAGCCCGCUGAAGCGGAACAAGAAAUACUUUCUCUACCUCGCCAUGAGCGGUUUGUGUGCGCUCUUUUCCGUCGUGUGCGCGGUGGUUUUUUUCUGCCUCGGGGGAACCACGGGUGCGACGGUACUGCCCGUGCGCAACUUCUCUGGCACUCCCUCACCAGCGGGCGCGGGAGCUUCACCCGACAACGACUUCGAACUGCUUCCCGACAGCGCGGAGCAGAUGGUGCCCCUCGCGAAUCCGAAGGGCUGGUGGUGGCUGAAGGACUUGCAGUUGCAGAAGGAUCAUGACCAUGACACGGUUUCUGAUGACGGGGACCGUAGCACACAACCCCCGGCGUCCCCAAGUGGACAGUGGUCCCCGAGAAGGGACGCGGGGUCGCCUAUCGCAACUGGUGGGGUCGUUGAAGGCGCAGCGUCGGCAGGAGGAAAGCGCGAAGGUGCAGAAGCGGUGCGGCGAGGACUCCCAGCUCGCGGGUGGAUCGACGACCUGGUCGCCGCGGCAACGGCACAGGAGGAGAAAGAGAAAGCACAAGAUGACGACGUCGGACAGCGUCUAGUUUCGAACGACGUAGAAAUGGGGCAGGAGGAAAUCGCGAAAGCGAACGCCUCAUGGCCGCAGGCGGCGACACCUCCCAGGCAGCAAACUAUGGGCAUGGGGAAAGGUAGUGCAGCGAACGAUGGUGCGCAAAUGGUGAAAAGCAGGCCGAAAGAUAUAGUACAUGUGCACCGAAAUAAAGCGGAAGACGAAGACAUGUUGCCCUCGCCAGACGUCAUGUUGUCGCGUCGUCCCGCGGAGCAUGACUCUGAAGUGGUAUCCGAGGGUCAACAUCAUGCGGGCGAAAAGAAAUCCGAAGCAGCAGCUGCAUUCUCAUCGCUUCCGUCACAGCAGGAAGAUGCAGAGCCCGCCGAGAGUUUCCUGCUGGAACAGAGCAGCACUUCGCUUUUGGACUUGGCGCAAGGGCACUCCGCUGCGGCCGAGGGGCCAGAGGGAGUGCCAGUUGCAAUAGAAAAAGACGCGUCGGAUAUUAGUCCGAGUUCAAGCGCAAUCCGCUCCGACACCAGUCGUGCAUCAUUUCCACCAGUUCUAGCAGACCAAUACGAGUGGCACGAUUGCAGCGCGGAAGAAGAUUUAGCCGCGUGCUUCGCGGAGAAAGUCCGAGUGCAAGGCGCAGAAGGAGGAGAGCAGGAGGCGCAGGAAUGGAGCCUUCCAGAGGAUAGCGACGGAAUAAACAGCACGACGAAUGAUCCGGCAACAUUAAGAGGGAGCGAUCGUUCAGCUGGAGCAGGUGGCUCCGACUUAACAACUCCUCCGACUCUCCCGUUCCAGCUGCUGACUGAGACCGACUGCGACGGGUCGUCCCCUCCGAGGCAGACGUCUUUUAGCUCGAUGGAAACGAAGUCCGCAGCGAUUCGUGUGGACGAGGGGCAAGGAAACAAUUGUGAUACUACAACGGAUAGUACAUCAGAAGUUCCGGAAGAGUUUUUCCCGGGUCUUCGCACCACGAGCGCGGUCGGUGCGACCCAGACCAAUGGGACGGAGGAAAAGUAUCACACCACGAAUACAAAGGAAAGCAGCUCCCUGGUCGCAAACCGAACCACAAACGCUUCCUCGACCGCUACGUCCGAGCCGUCGGCGACGAAAACGACCCAGCGGAGCACCGACGUCAGCCCUACCCGCGUUCCGCCUGAGCAAAGAGAGCAAACGCUGGAAGUGAGGAUGAGUCAUCCGGGACUGCCACCUGCAAACCAGCCCCAGAACCAGCUCGCACGCACGCCGGAACUUGUUAACGCAGCUCUGGAAAACAAGCCCCAGACGCUGCUGGACGAGGUCCGGCUGUUUCGGCUGAAACAGCUCUACUCGCCGCUGGACGACCCACUCACGACGACCGCGGAAAAAGCCAGUUUGCACCGCCGCUGGCUGGCGAAAGCGAUCUUGGCGCGGAAAGUGUUCGGCCCGCAACUGGCACUGCAGCUGAUGCCGCGGAGCCGGCGGAACAGUUUGCUGACGCGAGUACGCAACGGGUCUUUCGCUACCUUCCCCUCGGAAGAAAUCGGUAAGGUGUACACCAGAUUGAUGGAAAGCGUGGUUUGGCAGCGAUCGAUCAACGAUAAGCCUGACAAGUCCCUGUCGGAGGAGGAAGUGCGGAUCAAAAAGGAUAUCCACCUACUGGAACUCGACAUCUUGCGCACCCACCUGUUGCAGAUCAAGAGAAGUGAAAAUUCUUCCGCAUCUACUUGCCGUGGUCCCACUUCUACUGCUGGAAGUGCCUCUGCUACAGACACUAAACCAGCAGAAGGCACUGCAACGUCGUGUACAGGAACCACGUCGUCCAGUAGCUCGGUCAGUACAACCACUUCUGACGAAUCUUCGAAAAAAAGCACCUCGUCCCACCUGUUCCACCUGACGGAACGGGAGCAGACUAUCAUCCGCGACGUGCUCAGCGCCUACAUGUUUCUCCCCGCGGCCACGUCGGUGCCGUACACGCAGGGCAUGACGUUUCUCCUGCACGAGCUGGUUUUGUCCAUCAGUUUCGUCGAGGAGGAGGCGUAUUUUUGGCUGCUCCUUUACUUCCUGCACUCGAAGAAAUUGACCCGGGCGGGAGACAGCGGGCAGUAUUUGGUGGACCAAAAAUGGCUAUUGGCGGACGAGAUUGUGGAGGACCAUAGCGAAAGAAGCCCGAAAAUUCGAGGAACUGCACCUUUAGCGGAGCACGACUUCCUGCUCGUGGACGACUCGUCUUCGAGUCAAGGGUCUUCGGCCAAUGGUGCGGUUGCCGUUCACUCGUCCUCCAGUGGGACCAACACCGUCGGGCUGCACAUGCGAUUUUUGUUCACGGUGCCGUUUGACUACUCCCGAAAGAUGUUCUUCGCCAGCCUCGUGCACGCCUUUCCGAGCCGUGAGUUGGUCAAGGGGGAGAACGCCGAUCUGCUUGGCGUCGCGAACGGUGCCAGUGACAAGAUCUUCCAGCGUAGUGCUGUAGUCGACCAAGAAGAUUUCCUUCCGGCCGCAGAUCCGCCGCGUCUUCCCGUGCACGACAAAAUCGCGAGCUUUGUCCAAAGCACGAGCCUGCCGGCCUCGAUGGAGGAGGUGAAACGGCUGCAGCGCGGAGAGCGAGCCAGUCGCUCGACCGAGAACUUUGCAGGAAGUAAAGGAGUGCCGCUGCCCAGAUCUUCGAAUGCCAGCAUCCGUAAGAUAUCUCCGGCGGAUACUAACAGUCUCGAUCCCCGCCUCAGCCGCAGCCAAAUGCAGGCGCUCGUGGACCAGCGGGUGAGAAUUUUUCCGCGUCACCGAAUCUUCGUCGACCUUGUCCACACCGCGGCGAGCUACUGGAAUGUCGGGGUCCUGGGCGACGAGUUGGACCUCGAGAAAACGAUGGUGUCGGAGCAGCUCACCGUGGUCUUGUCCAAAAUUUUUUUCGCACAGUUCACGCAGCUUCUUCCGGCGCCGGUAGUGCGGCUGAUCUUCGACGAGUCUCUGCGGGAAAACGCGUACGAGCCCAGUUUCGUCGCGGCCACCAUGGCAGUAUUCGAUUUGAUCUACGCGAAGUGGGUGUUUCCGGACAAGGGAGGCAGAAUUGACCACGGACAGAAUGGUUUCUCUUAUGCACAAAAUGGGUAUCCUCGUGGCAGCGCGGCAGAGGACCAAAUCAGCUUCUUCCCGGAGGAAAACCAGCUUCGCAGCGAUGAUCCUGAUCUGCUUGCUCUCUCUAUGCAGGAGCAACUGAAUCUCGAUUCCGUGACCAACCAGGAGCUCCGGGAGGAGCUGCAGGGCAUUUUCCGCGACCCCUACGCCUACCUGAGUGACAUCCCGUUUGCGACCUGGCGGUUUGCGUUCUUCCGCGCCCGCGCGACCGUGGGCAACGAGAUUGUGGAUAGUGCCGGCUUUAUGGACCGGUUCAAGAAUCCGCCCAUGCGGUUUGUGGACUCGGUCGCGACGGGGCUGGACAUUGACCGAAUGUUGAGGAGCCAAGGCACCCGGGGUGGAGGCGACAGUCCGACGUCCGCCGCACAACAGGCGGCCAGCGGGAUCGUGUCCGCUGGAAAGAACAUAUUCCGGUCUAUGGAUCGGUUUGCCUCCUCGAUCGGAGGUUUGUUGCAUCAACCUUAAAGUCCUGCCUGAUUCAGGAGCGUUCGUGUACUUUAGUUCGAUUUUGAUUCACCAACAUUUUUCUACGCACUUCUUGUUUGCGAAUGUCCCUGACCAUUACUCGUAGAAUGUUGAAACGUACUUAAGAGUUGAAUUCAGAUGACGGUGUACCAAAAUUUUGGUACUAUGGGAAUACAGAAAUUAAGUUUUGGAACUGUAAAGUGGAAUUGCGACCGAUGCGAUAAGAAGUGAUAGACGGAAAAGAAC